AUGCAGUUAAAAUAUAUGAGCGGUGUACCGAAAUACACAAGGCACAGAAGAAACAGCUCGGACGGUCGACAUAGUCCAUGCGUUGUUAGGCUCAUAUCAAAUAGAAUCACGCAGAUGCAUUUAGUGAUGAAAAUAAUCAAUGCGAGUGUUCCGUGGGAAGAUCGAAUGCGGAGUGCGUACGUGAGAUCCGAUCAGAGGCGCUAUCUGGUGUUGGAGCUUAGGACCGGGGCACAUAAAGGAUGCUGGGGUACAGAAUACAAUGGAGAUACUAUGUAG